AUGCGGUCCUUGUCUAUUCACAGAUAUUGCACUCCGGCAGAUUACAGCAUCCUAAAUGUUCCCAAACCGGAGAUCAAAGCCUCUGACGACAUCCUCAUCGAGGUACAUGCGGCUUCGAUCAACCCGGUGGACGUCAAGGUGGCGUCCGGCGUGGCAAAGAUGGUGCGAUCAGAAACAUUUCCCUACAAAAUCGGGUACGAUGUCUCUGGUGUUGUCAUUGCAGUCGGGCCUGCAGUAAGCUCCCGCUUCAAGCCCGGCGACGAGGUCUAUUCUUGCGUCCCAGAGCGUUGUCGUGGGACAGUCUCAGAAUUUGCCCUCUCGACAGCUGCUGCUACCGCUUUGAAGCCUAAGCAGCUGUCUCAUGUCCAGGCGGGCUCGCUGCCACUAGUGUCACUCACUGCGCUGCAGGCAUUGGAUGCCGCAGACGUGGAGCUGGAAGGAGGUCUGGAGGGAAGGACAGUGUACAUUCCAGGCGGCCUUUCGGGGGUGGGAACCGUGGCUAUCCAGCUCGCGAAAAAUAUUUUCAAGGUGGACACAGUGAUUACGACUCUCUCGCCAGCAAAAAUUGCGAAAGUGCACGAGAUUAUUGGACACGGUAUUGUAGACCAAAUCAUCGACUAUACCAAGAAUGAUCCGGCAAAGGUAAUACCGAAGGGCUCUGUCGACUUCAUGUUCGACACUAUGGGUGGGGCCAUGGGAGCCCUGAGCGUGAUGAAGCCGGGAGGGAUGAUCAUUACCAUCGCCAGUCUACCUUUUGGUCCUGAUUUGAGGAGGGUUAUGCCCGACCUGCCGGUCGUUGCGAGAUGGGCUUUUGAUGCGGUUGGCAGCAUUGCUCAGCGUAGAGCCAGCAGGUACAAGGUAAGAUAUUCCUAUCUCUUCGCCCACGAAAGUGGCAAGGACCUUGAGAGACUGGCAGACUGGUUAGACCAGGCUAUGGUUAGGCCCGUUAUUGGUAGAGUAACAUGCCUCAGCAAUCUUGCAGGUAUCAAGGACGGAGCUCAGGAGGUGUUUGACGGGAAAGGUGGGAUUGGUAAAUUUGUGGUUGAGGUUAAAUAG